AUGUUUGGCGGUGCGCGAGUUUCUGGAGGAGCCAAAGCAUGUGGGCGGCGCCGCGGCGCCGCCGCCGUAUCCAUCCAGGUCCCCGUCGACGCCCACUGCAACCAGAGCGACUGCAAGUGCAAGUACGUCGUUCGCCGCAAACGGCUUGGACGAAUUACUGACGGUCAUCUUAGCUGCUCCUGCGCCUCCAACGACUGCAAGUGCUGCAGCAAGUAA